AAAUGGCGCUCUCUGAUGUCAGCUGACUGGACAGUCGGGACGGCAACCUGCUCCGAGGAUAAGGCUCGUAGCUUCGCGUGGGAACCGAGGCCACAUCCAUGCGUCGGCUCGACGCUACUUGAUCAUUCUCAUCCUAUGCUGCAUUUAUUCGUGUUCAGUUGAAUUGUCAAAAUCCGACGCCUAUGUCGAAAACUCUCGGAAUGGAUAGCACGGAUUGCGACACUGAUAUGGACAGUUUGCUGAUCCGCUCAGUGGAAAAACUUGAUUCCAUCAUCGCUCUCAGGAAUGAGCUCAAUCAAUACAUGGAGACUGGAAUGAUCGACUUGGCCAGAGCACGUUACGCUACGGGCGGCCCCAGAUCCACGAUUUCGUCCCUCUCGUUCAAUUUGGGCCACAUGGAAGCUUCGAAGCGCAUUAGCUGUGAACCUGUGUCAUGUGAGCUCCCGAGUAGCGGCUCCGCACAAAAUGACAACGUCCUCACACGAUUCCAUCUACAACCGCCAGCGACUCAAGCGAACAGAACACUCAAUCACGAAGAAGCCCAGCUGAGAAACCGUCAGGUGCCUUCCUUGGGUAGUUCCGGUUCGAUCCAGCGAGAUUCGCUAGAAUCCGACAACGACAAGUCGAGUUCGUCACUUCUAGACGACAGACAUUCAUCGAAUGGGAAUACGUCAUCAGUCUCCGGGUACUCUUCAGAUCAGAGUCGGAGGAACAGUCAGAGCACCAACGAUCCACUUCGGUGGUUCGGAAUUUUGGUUCCUACUUCUCUUCGGAGCUCCAAGCAGUGCUUCGAUCGAGCGUUGGAGAUCCUUGCGGAAAUAGCAUCUCAGCAAAAUGAGCUCUCGACCAUGCUGGAUCGUUUCCAAAAACUUCGACGGAACUCAGGGAGUCUCGAUAAGAACCUCAGGGAUUUGAAGCUUUCAGAACAAAGUAAAUCCGUCGCCGUCAACGAUAAAUAGAAUUGUGAAAAUCGGAAGCGGAUGAUUUCUCCAACUAUUUCCCGACUUGUUGUUGACCAUUUGUUGACCGUAUUGGAGCUCAAGAUCGUUCAAUGAAGCACUCGCGAGACUGUGACUCUUCCAUAAUAAACUAUCUAAACUCCCUUUUU